AGCAAUGGCGACUCUUUCUCUCUCCCUGGUACACUCCCAGGCCCUCCCCCUAUGGCGACAAGGGCUGCGGCAGCGACGGUUGCAUGGCUCGUUCAGCUGCCAGUCCAGACACGCACACGCUGCCGGGAGAGUGCAGGCGAGCUACAGGGGUCUUGAGCCGCUGUACGAUGAUGGGUACGGGACGGUCAAUGACAUGGGCCACUAUUAUAAGGCGAUCGGGGAGCUGGUGGAGCACGACGGCCGGCCGCCCCGCUGGCUUUGCCCCGUCGACGCCGGCGAACCGGCGGUCGAGGAUGCCCCAGUCAUGCUGUAUCUGCCAGGGAUAGAUGGAAUGGGGAUGGGGCUCUGCAUGCACCACAAGGAUCUUGGAACGAUAUUUGAACUUAGAUGCAUGCACAUUCCUCUUCGCGACCGCACGCCGUUCGAAGAACUUGUCACAAUGGUAGAAGAUGUUGUGAGAGCAGAGCAUUCUGCUUCUCCUACUAAGCCCAUCUACAUAUUGGGGAAUUCAUUUGGAGGAUGCAUAGCUCUUGCAGUCGCCGCUCGUAAUCCUGGCACUGAUUUGGUACUGGUACUAGUUAGUCCAGCUACAUCAUUUGAGAGAUCACGCAUAAAAACACUUCUGUCGGUUUUCAGCCCGUUGUCGGACCGCGUCUGUAUUGCAGCUGCAGCUCUACUGAAUUACAACAUCCACAAUGAGGUGAACAUGGCACUGAGUAUAAUGAAAAGUGGGAGGCAUCCUUUAGAAGCACUCAGCAGAUUGACAAGUAACAUGUCAUCUUCCCUGAAGCAUUCGAAAAUGCUGGACAAACUACCAAAGGACACACUAAAAUGGAAGAUUAAACUGAUCAAACAGGCUGCAUCAUACGCUAAUAGCCAUAUAGAAUCAGUUACAGCCGAGGUGCUACUGCUAGCCAGCUGCGCCGACAGGUUACUUCCGAGCAAAUCUGAAGCUAACAGGCUACAGAAGAAGUUACCCAAAUGCAGAGUCUUCUUCUUUGAGAAGCAUGGCCAUAGCUUGCUGCUGGUGAGUUUUUUUAAGCAGACUUUAUCACCCCUUCUGAAUCUGCAGUUGCUCUGGACAUACGACGAUAUCAGGAGCGUGCCCUUCGGCGGGAAGCUGCUGCGGGCCUACAGCAACCAUCUGAAGCUAAGGGACACUCAGGAGGUGAUCUUCCCCGGCGCAGUUCCGAAGAUUCCCGGCCGGUUCUACUACCGGUUCGGGAAGCCGAUCCCGACGAGGGGGCGGCAGGACGUGCUCACCGACCGGCGGGCCGCGACCGAGCUCUACUUCGAUGUUAAAUCGGAGGUGGAGGAAAUCAUCGCCUACCUGCUGGAGAAGAGGGAGGAGGACAGGUACAGGAGCAUCCUGCCCAGGCUCCUCUACCGAGCUGUGAGGGGGUCCAAAACUGAAGUCCCAGCCUUCAACCCUUAACAUACAUAGUACUACUAGUAAUGUUGCACGUUGCACCAAGUAUGGUGUAUGUAUAUAUUCUCAAAAACUCACGACCCAUACCAUAAUACUAAUACUCUACAUGAUUAUACUA